AGUGGGAGAGGCCGGACGUCAACAAGAAGAAGGAAUCAUCCUCACGCCUACUAAUAAACAAGGCUCUCUUUCCCAUCCAAGACGAAGAAGUGUGGGAGUGACGAAGCGAGGGAGAGAGUGGGAGGGCGAAGACAGCCUGCUCAUCAUUCCAAACGAGAAGAACAACAAACAUCUCUCUCUCUCUCCCCCGAUCCAUCCCUUCGUGUGUGGACUCAUGCUAGUGCAUAUGGUUCUUCAAUGCGAGGCCAUCUUGGAUUAAGAAGUCAAUGCAGUGGAAAUUGAAGUCUCAGCUCGGGGAAAUAGCAUGAACAAAGAAAGAUCUAAUGCUGCAUUUGCAGGGCGAGUUACCAGAUUUCUCCUUUCGGUAGCUUCCUCCAGUUACAACUUGUUAUUUGUGAUAUUGCAGACUGAUUAGCUGCAUAGCCUAGACUGUCCUCGGGUCUGCUGUAUAGAGGCCAGUGUUCACUGGGCUGUUGCAUAGCCUGAAGGAAAGAUGGCUACGACUACUGUCACCAGGAGGUAUGAGAAUGGCAACGGCAGCGCUCAUGGACCAGGAGAUCCGGAAAGGCAUUUAGAGUCAAAGCUCCAAGACUUGGAGCCAGCUACUCCACAGUCGGUAAUGAAGAUGAGCUUAAGGGAACGCAGUAGCAGCAUGGAAGAUCCAGAUGGUACAUUGGCAACCGUAGCACAGUGUAUUGAGCUACUGCGAAAGAAUGCCUCCUCUGCACAAGACAAAGAAAACUCAUUGAAGCAAUUAUUUGAUAUGAUAAGUACUCGUGAAAAUGCUUUCAGUGCUGUGGGUUCACACUCGCAAGCAGUUCCAAUAUUGGUUUCACUUCUUAGAUCAGGAUCAUUAGGAGUAAAAAUACAAGCUGCCACUGUCUUAGGAUCGCUGUGUAAGGAGGAUGAGUUGAGAGUAAAAGUUCUACUUGGUGGUUGCAUUCCGCCAUUACUUGGCUUACUCAGGUCCGGUACUGUGGAGGGACAAGUUGCAGCUGCCAAAGCUAUAUAUGCAGUUUCUCAGGGCGGAGCAAAGGAUCAUGUUGGAUCAAAGAUCUUUUCAACAGAAGGUGUAGUUCCUGUUUUGUGGGAGAAGCUGCAGGUUGAGAUGAAAGCUGGCAAUCUGGUAGAAAGCCUGCUUACUGGUGCUCUAAGAAACCUGUCGUGCAGUACCGAGGGGUUCUGGUCUGCUACAAUUGAAGCAGGAGGAGUGGAUAUUCUUGUGAAGUUGCUUUCCACCGGGCAGUCAACUACCCAAGCAAAUGUAUGCUUCCUCCUGGCAUGCAUGAUGAUGGAAGAGGCAUCUAUUUGUGUGAAAGUAUUAAAAGCUGAAGCUACUAAGCAACUUCUCAAAUUACUAGGUCCUGGAAAUGAAGCAUCCGUAAGAGCUGAGGCAGCAGGAGCACUGAAAGCUCUCUCUGCCCAAUGCAAAGAGUCAAGAAGAGAAAUAGCUGGUUGUAAUGGCAUUCCUUCUUUAAUAAAUGCAACAAUUGCACCUUCCAAGGAAUUUAUGCAAGGAGAGUCUGCACAGGCAUUGCAGGAAAAUGCAAUGUGUGCUUUGGCAAAUAUAUCCGGUGGCUUAUCAUCUGUAAUAUCAAGUCUUGGUGAAAGCCUCGAGUCUUGCACUUCAUCUGCACAAAUUGCAGACACAAUGGGUGCAUUAGCAUCAGCUCUUAUGAUAUAUGAUAGCAAAGCAGAAUCUAUCAGGCCGUCAGAUCCAGUGAUUAUUGAGCAAGUGUUGCUUAAGCAAUUUAAACCUCGGCUGCCUUUUCUUGUGCGAGAACGAACAAUAGAAGCAUUGGCAAGCUUGUAUGGGAAUUCAACAUUAUCGAAGAAAUUGACCAGUUCAGAUGCAAAAAGAUUGCUCGUUGGUUUAAUAACCAUGGCUGUUGAUGAUGUCCAGGAUGAGUUGAUAAGGUCCCUAUUGACACUUUGCAAUAGUGAAGGCAGUCUAUGGCGUGCUCUGCAAGGCCGCGAAGGUGUGCAACUGUUAAUUUCUCUUCUUGGAUUAUCAUCAGAACAGCAGCAGGAAUGUGCAGUGGCACUGCUUUGCCUUUUGUCAAAUGAAAAUGAUCAAAGUAAGUGGGCCAUCACAGCAGCUGGAGGUAUACCUCCACUUGUGCAGAUUCUUGAAAUAGGAUCUGCAAAAGCCAAGGAAGAUUCAGCAAUAAUUCUUGGGAAUCUCUGCAAUCACAGUGAAGACAUCCGUGCUUGUGUUGAAAGUGCUGAUGCAGUUCCUGCUUUACUGUGGCUGUUGAAAAAUGGAAGUUAUAAUGGAAAGGAGAUUGCUGCAAAAACUUUAAAACAUCUUAUACAUAAGUCUGACACGGGAACAAUUAGUCAGCUAACAGCUAUGCUUACCAGUGAUUUGCCCGAAUCAAAGAUUCAUGUCCUGGAUGCACUUUGUAGUCUUCUUUCAGUUGCUCCUUUGAAUGACAUAUUGCAUGAGGGGAGUGCUGCUAGUGAUUCAAUUGAGACAAUCAUAAAUAUCUUGAGUUCUACCAAAGAAGAAACUCAAGCUAAGGCAGCAUCAGUUCUUGCUUCUCUGUUUGAUUGCAGAAAGGACCUACGAGAAAGUAGUGUUGCUGUCAAGGCACUUUGGUCCAUCAUGAAACUGCUUAGUGUGGACUCUGAACAAAUCUUGAUUGAGUCGGCACGUUGCCUUGCUGCAAUUUUUCGGUCAAUAAAGCAAAACAGAGAAGUGGCUUCUGUUUCUAGAGAUGCACUUGAUCCUUUAGUUGCACUUGCUAGCUCAUCUGUUCUUGAAGUUGCAGAACAAGCAACCAGGGCUCUUUCUAAUCUCCUCCUCGACAGUGGCAUUUCGGAGCAGGCUAGUGCUGGUGAUAUAAUUGCACGCACCACAAGAGUUCUGCGUGAUGCUACCAUUGAUGGAAGGACACAUGCUGCUGCUGCUAUUGUCCAUCUUCUUGAAUGUCACCCCUUCAGUGAUGAUUUGGCUGACAUUGUACACCGUGCUGGGACUGUACUUGCUCUAGUUUCUCUACUUGAAUCUGCUGACAUUGGUUCUGCUGCUACAUCAGAGUCACUUCAUGCUCUUGCUUUAUUAACAAAGGGAAAAACUGCACGCAGCAAACCAGCAUGGACUGUUCUUGCGGACUUUCCGAAUGCCAUAAGCCCUCUAGUUUUGUGUCUGGCUGAAGGGACACCUAAUUUACAGGAAAAAGCUAUAGAAAUCUUAUGCAGGCUUUGCAGAGAUCAGCCCAUUUUCCUAGGUAACAAAAUUGCUUGUACUUCUGGCUGCGUUGCAUCCAUUGCAAAGCGUGUAAUUAGUUCGACGAACAUUGACAUUAAAGUAGGUGGGACCGCACUUCUUAUUUGUGCUGCAGAAGAAAACCUUCAACUUGUCCUGGAGGUCCUUAAUGAAUCAAAUCUGUGCACAAGUCUUAUUCAGUCACUUGUUCAAAUGUUUAGUUUGGGAUGCUUGAGUUCAUCAUCAGGUCAUGAUGAACGUGAAGCAGCUUAUUGGUUAAGCAUAUAUUGUAAGGAUAGAAUUCAAAAUGGAAAUGAAGCAGAAGCAAAAGUUGUGAUUCUAGGCGGCGCUGCACCCAUAUGGUUACUUUCUGUACUUGCAUGUCAUGACAGCAAAAGUAAAUCAGCCAUGUUGGAAGCUGGAGCUGUGGAAGUACUUACUGACAGAAUCUCCCAGCAUUUACUCCAGGUUAUACAGGCUGACGAUAACGAAGAUCAAAUUACAUGGGUAUGUGCUCUGCUGCUUGCAAUUCUUUUUCAAGAUAGAGAUAUCAUACGAGCAAAUGCCACUAGCCAGUCUAUCCCUGUGUUAGCAAGUCUGGUAAGGUCAGAGGAUUCGACAAAUAGAUACUUUGCAGCUCAAGCACUAGCCAGUCUUGUUUGCAAUGGUAGCAGAGGGACCUUACUUGCAGUUGCCAAUUCAGGUGCAGCUGGUGGCCUGAUAUCAUUAAUUGGUUCAGCUGAUGCUGAUAUUUCAGCAGUGUUGGCACUUUCUGAGAGGUUUUCACUGGUGCGCUAUCCAGAUCAGGUUGCUCUAGAGCGGCUUUUCAGAGUUGAUGAUAUAAGAAAUGGUGCAACUUCUCGGAAAGCAAUACCAUCACUUGUUGACCUGCUAAAACCAAUCCCAGACAGGCCUAAUGCACCUUUCCUAGCACUUGGUCUUUUGACUCAACUGGCAAAAGAUACCCCUGCAAACAAGUUGGUGAUGGUAGAAGCUGGGGCAAUAGAGGCAUUAACGAAGUAUCUUUCCCUUGGUCCACAAGAUGCAACAGAAGAAGCUGCAACCGAGCUUUUGGGGAUUUUAUUCAGUAACCCUGAAAUAAGGAGACAUGAUGCAGUGUUUGGGGCUGUGAAUCAGCUUGUAGCUGUUUUACAUCUUGGUGCAAGAGCUUCUAGGUAUAGUGCUGCCAGAGCCUUGGAGAGCCUUUUUACAGCAGACCAUAUCAGAAAUGGAGAAACCGCCCGACAGGCAGUGCAGCCACUUGUUGAGAUUCUCAAUACUGGUUCAGAAAAGGAGCAACAUGCUGCAAUUGCUGCAUUAGUGAGGCUUUUGCAUGAAAGUCCUUCCAGAGCUUUAGCUGUAGCAGAUGUUGAAAUGAAUGCUGUCGAUGUUCUUUGUCGCAUUCUUUCCUCAAAUUGUUCGAUGGAACUGAAGGGAGAUGCUGCAGAGCUAUGCUGUGUCCUUUUUGGCAAUACGAGAAUUCGAUCAACACUGGCUGCAGCUCGUUGCGUGGAACCUAUGGUGUCUCUUCUUCUUGCUGAGUUUAACCCUGCUCAGCAUGCAGUGGUCAGAGCUUUAGAUAAGCUGCUGGAUGAUGAGCAAUUAGCAGAACUUAUUGCUGCUCAUGGGGCUGUCAUUCCUCUUGUUGGUCUUUUGUUUGAUAACAAUUACACACUGCAUGAAGCUGUGACAAAAGCACUUGUCAAGUUAGGAAAGGACAGGCCUGCGUGUAAAAUAGACAUGGUGAAAGCUGGUGUGAUUGAAAAUGUGCUUGAUAUCCUUCCAGAAGCACCCGAGUUCCUGUGUGCUCUUUUUGCAGAACUUUUUCGGAUACUGACAAACAAUGCAAGCAUUGCAAAGGGAUCUUCUGCUGCAAAGGUAGUGGAGCCCCUCUUCUUGUUACUGUCACGGCCAGAGUUUAGUCCUGAGGGGCAACAUAGUGCCUUGCAAGUUCUUGUAAAUAUUUUAGAGCAUCCUCAGUGUCGUGCUGAUCAUAAGCUAACACCUCACCAAUCAAUCGAACCAAUCAUUGCAUUGCUAUUAGGUUCAACUUCCCAGGUGGUACAACAGCUGGCAGCUGAGCUACUUUCACACUUGUUGUUGGAGGAGCAUCUGCAGAAGGAUGGCAUAACACAACAAGCAGUUGGUCCUCUUAUUCAAGUUCUUGGUUCUGGGAUGCCUAUUUUGCAGCAAAGGGCUAUGAAGGCACUUGCAAACAUUGCUUUGACUUGGCCAAAUGCAAUUGCGAAGGAAGGUGGAGUAAGUGAGCUAUCAAAACUUAUAUUGCAGGCAGACCCUCCACUACCACAUGCCUUAUGGGAAUCUGCUGCAUCUGUCUUGUCUUGUAUUUUGCAAUUUAGUUCUGAAUUUUACCUGGAAGUACCAGUUGCUGUUCUAGUAAGGAUGCUCCGCUCUGGUACAGAAACAACUGUUGUUGGUGCACUAAACGCUUUACUAGUGUUGGAAAGUGAUGAUGCAACCAGCUCGGAAGCAAUGGCAGAAAGUGGUGCCAUCGAAGCACUUUUGGAACUUCUUAAGUCCCAUCAGUGCGAAGAAACAGCAGCUAGAUUAUUGGAGUCCUUGUUGAACAAUGUGAAGAUAAGAGAAUCAAAAGCUGCCAAAUCUGCAAUUUCUCCCUUAUCGCAGUACCUGAAUGAACCUCAAUCUCAAGUUCAACAAGCAAAGCUGUUAGUAGCACUUGCACUUGGUGACCUUUUCCAGAAUGAGGCUCUUGCCCGUUCAACAGAUGCUGUUUCAGCAUGUCGCGCACUGGUGAACCUGAUCGAAGAACAACCUACAGAAGAAAUGAAAGUCGUAGCAAUUUGUGCUUUGCAAAAUCUUGUGAUGUACAGUCGCUCAAAUAAAAGGGCUGUUGCUGAAGCAGGUGGGAUUCAAAUUGUGAUUGACAUCGUUAGUUCAAGUGAACCAGAGACGUCAGUGCAAGCUGCAACAUUUGUGAAACUUCUCUUUUCAAAUAAUACAAUUCAAGAAUAUGCUUCUAGUGAAGUUGUUAGAUCUUUAACUGUUGCUAUAGAGAAGGAUCUUUGGGCAACUGGGACUGUAAGCGAGGAGUACUUGAAAGCCCUUAAUGCAUUAUUCAGCAACUUUCCGCGUCUGAGAGCAACAGAGCCUGCUACUCUAAGCAUCCCUCAUUUGGUGACAGCCCUUAAAACAGGCACUGAAGCAACACAGGAAGCAGCACUGGAUUCACUUUUUCUCCUUAGACAAGCCUGGUCUGCCUGCCCUGCAGAAGUCUCUAAAGCUCAGGCUGUUGCUGCGGCAGAAGCAAUUCCUUUGCUUCAAUACCUAAUUCAGUCUGGUCCCCCUCGUUUCCAGGAGAAAGCUGAACUCCUUUUGCAGUGUUUACCUGGCACACUAACGGUAAUCAUCAAACGUGGGAAUAACUUGAGGCAGUCAGUUGGGAACCCAAGCGUCUAUUGCAAGCUGACACUUGGAAGUACUCCUCCUAGGCAAACAAAGAUUGUAUCUACUGGUCCCACACCAGAGUGGGAUGAAGGCUUUGCUUGGGCAUUUGACAGUCCUCCAAAGGGACAGAAACUCCACAUCUCAUGCAAGAAUAAGAGCAAAAUUGGAAAGAGCUCAUUUGGAAAGGUCACCAUCCAGAUCGACCGGGUUGUUAUGCUUGGAGCAGUCGCAGGGGAGUACACCCUACUACCCCAAAGCAAGAGUGGUCCAAACAGGAACCUGGAGAUUGAAUUCCAGUGGUCUAACAAAUAAAGAGUAAGCAAGUUGUGUACUAUAGUGUAGAGGAAAGAAAAUGGGAGAGGCAGGAGGGCGAAGAGGAGGAAGUCGAUGUGAUGGUGGUUUUGUCAGUCCAGUAUUUCUCCAGAGGUGGUGCAUCCGUUCGAUGCUUGGUGUGCCAUCACAUACAUUUAGGUAAGGCCUUUCAUCUGUUGCGUCCUAAGAACGAGCUCCUUCACAUGAUCCCUCCAUCAGUUAUUAUCCAUUUAUUCUUUAUUCAUUGUUGUUGUUCGUGUUGUGUUCUACAACCGUAAGUCUAGCUUGUUUGCUGUCCUAUAUUACUGGUAUAUUAAUGUAUUUUUCUUGUCCA